GAAAAACCUCACAUCAUACUACAUCCGGCAGAAAAAUGUCACUAUUGACCAAGACAUCAGACGUCAACGGAAAGAAGCGAAUUAAUCAGUUCGGGGAUUAUGAUGACACGUCAAACAUGACGUGUACGCAUUGGAAUGACAGAUGGCGGAAAGGACAAACACAAUUUCAUAUGCCAAAAGUUCAUCCGAUGUUGAUAAAACAUAUCGACCGAUUGACAGAUGGAAAAACUAACCUUCGUUUUUUCGUACCGUUAUGCGGUAAAACUAUGGAUUUAAAUUGGUUGCUUGAGCGGGGGCAUGAAGUCGUUGGUUGUGACUGUUCCGAAGAGGGAUGCAAAGAAAUCUUCAAACGACAUAAUAUAUCUUACAAGACCGAAUAUAAAGCCAACGUCCGCAGCACAGUACUCCAGGGGACCGACAAGAAGCUCUCUCUUUAUGUAGGAGAUUAUUUUGACCUCCAAAGGAAGCCAGAUAAACGAUAUCUUGUCUCAAUUGAAGAGGACUGGUCAUUUCUGGUGAAGUGCUGGACGGGUAUUCGACAACAUGACAAAUUAACUGCCGAAAUAGAGGGAAAGUAA